AUGAUAAUAAUUAAAUCGAAUGCAUCACUUCUUUAUAAUACAAAUGAUAAUUCAAAAACAGUCUUCGAUUGCUUUGAUUCGUAUAUAAUUGAUGAUCGUAAUCCAAAAGAAAAUAUUUCGUUUCAAACAAAUUAUCUAAUACCUUAUUGUCGACGUCCAUUAUCAACUGACCAUAUUAAUAAAAUACAAGGAUAUAUAGAAAAUACAUACACAUUUAAAAAUUUAAGUCUACAAGGAAUUACCAGUGAAAAUCUUCUUCAAUGGUCAAUAUCAAUUGAUAUUAUUGAACAAUAUUCUAUAUAUAUCAUUAAAAAUGAUACCAAAUUCGAUGAAUUUAUUUUUAAUAACUGUUCAUCAUUAUGGUUUGGUUCGAAUUGUCAAUAUACAUUUAAUUUAAGUAUGCCUAUCGAAUCAUUUGGGGAUUUUGUAAAUUAUUCAUUUAACGCUCGUGAACAAUAUGAGAGGAAAAUAUUAAUACAUACUUGUUAUCCUCAUUUAUCUGGAUGUUAUCGUGGUCCUGAACCGAUGUGUUUAGAUUGGCGCGAAAUAUGUGAUGGAAAAAUUGAUUGUAUUGGAGAUAAUUUUGGUAUCGAUGAAGAAUAUUGUAAUGAACUUGAAAUACAUGAAUGUAAAGAAGAUGAAUAUCGAUGUCAUAACGGAGCACAAUGUAUUCCACGUGAAUUCUUUCGCGAUGGUCGACCAAGUAAAGAUUGUUUGGAUGGAACAGAUGAAGCUGAAUAUUUUCGUGCGUCGGCGUCUUCGAAUAUGGCACCACUUUUAACGUGCAUCGAUUCAAUGCUAUUCCGUUGUGAAGAGACUACUUGUCGUGAACCACAAGAAUUUUCAUGUGGCGAUGGAAGUUGUAUAAUGUUUCACCCUAGUUUUAAUCUUAUUAAUUAUAAUCCAGAUGCUUGUGCAAGUACAGGUCGUGUUGCCUACUAUCGUCAAGCAAUUUAUAAAUCCGCCAAACGAUAUCCGGAUGAUUGUUAUCUUAUAUUAUUUUGUAAACUUGGUUUUUAUGACAUUCUUCAAAAUGAUACAUACAACAUAACAGAUUGUUCAUAUGAAAAUCUAUCAUCAAAAAAUUGUACAUUAGAAUAUCUUUCAUUUCCUCUUGAACCUAUUUUCAAUGGCUAUUUUCAACCUUUUUAUUCAACUCGAUAUUUUAACAAUCCUGAUUAUGAUAAAUGGCCAGCAUAUAUCUGUA